CGUCUAACAUUUUUUUUUAAUUUUUAUCAUUGCAAAAAUUUAGUUAAUUCUUCGUAUCUAUGUUGUAUCAAAUUGCUCUAAAUUUACCGAAAAGUGAGUGCAAAAACAGUUACCACUUCGGGACUAUCUAUGUUGAAGCCGGAGCGCAAAUUUUCGGUUGAUCCGGAACGAGCCAAGAAAGAUCGCAAUUGAAAAAGGAAAAAUUUCCGGAGUAGUUUCUCUUCUCAUACUGUCGUUCCGCUCCUUUCAUAACUCCACCGUCGGAAUAGAUAUCAUCAGCAACAGUGGUAUUAGAGUGAAAAAAGAGUGCGCAACGGAAAUAAUAGCCAGAAGAAGGAAAAUAUCAGUGUUCGGAUAGUGGAAAAAGUAAAUAGGAAAAAUUAAAUAAGUGAAAAAGCUCUUGUUUGCAGUGCAUUCAGUGCAGCGCUUCUGUCUGUCCCAUUUUGUCCGCGGAAUUUUCGUCGAUGAAUUGAACAAUGUCGAAAAACAAAAUUGCGAGUUCCAAACUCGAAAGUGAUCACAUCGAGAUAAAGUCAAAGUUUGAUGCAGAAUUCCGACGGUGGUCACUGAAACGUUCUGAGCAACACAAUUUUGAUGCAUUCCAGUCGCUGAUUGAAAGAUUGCACAAACUAGAACGUUCUCAGCUGCUGGUGUCUUAUAUUGAUCCGCGUGAUAACGAUUUGCUACCAAUAAAUAAUGAUGACAACUUUGGCAGAGCAUUAACAACCGCCCGACCGCUACUCCGCGUUAUCAUUCAACGUAAAGGAGACAGUAUAGAAGAGAUUACAGGAUACGGCACAAUUAGACCUCGGAACCUUAUAAGCAGUAUCCUCGGACAAACACCGGUGAAAUCAAAAAGCUUAGCUAUUUCUAACCCACACGAUUUCCGACAAGUUUCCGCCAUUAUUGACGUUGAUAUUGUACCGGAGACUUGCAGACGUGUUCGCCUGCUAAAGCAUGGCAGUGAUAAACCGCUUGGUUUCUAUAUCCGGGACGGUACAUCAGUGCGCGUUACUGCAAACGGUCUGGAGAAACAGCCAGGAAUUUUCAUUUCUCGUUUAGUCCCAGGUGGCCUGGCAGAAAGCACAGGACUGCUAGCAGUGAAUGACGAAGUACUCGAGGUUAAUGGUAUUGAAGUGAAUGGAAAAACCCUGGAUCAGGUUACCGACAUGAUGGUUGCGAAUAGUUCAAAUCUUAUUAUCACGGUAAAACCUGCUAACCAAAGAACGUUGGCUCCUCCGAGGCGUGGAUCAUUUUCCCGCAAUAGUCAACUUUCCGGUGGUUCACAUCAAUCACACCACACAACUGGGUCAGAAGAAAAUGAUCAGGAUGAUCAGGAUGAAAUUCGAGAUCUUACCGGUGCCGCCACUCUUGAAGAGAAUGCUUUAAUUACGCAAAAAGAUGGGGUCCUCCACUUGUGAGGCAGUGCACGUAGUGAAUGCGAGUGAACAAGUUCUGAGAUGAUGAUUUAUAGUUAGUUAGCACUACCCUUCACCUUCUAGAUGCCUUCCCACAACAGCCUCCACGAGAAUGUGUAAAUUAUUGUCCUUAAUAAUCGUCGGUAAAAUUUUGAAGAGAGUGCACUAUUGUGCGAUGAUUAUGCCUCCAAUAUUUAGAUGUCUUUUUAGGUUAUUUGUAUCAAUUUAUAGCAAACAGUAUUCCACAGAUCAUUCCGUUCGUUAUAUUUUUGCACACGAUUAUGUGAAACAAGUUUAUAUUAUCCAUUAAGAAAAUACAGUAUAUGCAUUUGGGUGAAUUUUGUGGCCCACCAGACCAUUAUUUGUUAUGCUUUUUAGUAUCUUCUACCUAUUUGUUAGGGAUAACCUUACCCUGUGCUAAUAUGCUUGGUUGGUAUUAUUUUUCUGUAAACUAUGUGUAUACACAUUUUACACGUAUUUCUUAUCGCUUCUACUGAAUCUUGAUGUAUUUCUGUACUUAAACGAAUGCGCCUACUUCUCGAUUGUUACGAGAAUAGAGUACUUAUCAUUAUGAAAAUGUUUUAUUUGUUAUUCUCAUUGUAAAUCGUUGGUAUCAUAUCUAUUUCCAAAAGUGCUCAAUCAGUUAAAUACGCAUCAAAAUUUAAAAAAACACAAAACCAUGUAUUACUUAGACACUAGUGCCUUUUAGCAUUGGACGAUGGAUAAAAUCUUAAAAUUCAUUAACAUACCUAGCCUUCAGAUCAACCUUUACCCAAUGAAAAAAAAACACACAAUAGCAAUUCAACAUCAAAUACAAUUGAAUAACGAGGGUUGAUCAGUUAUCUUAAUCACGCCUUUCUAUACAAAAAUGUGUAGUUAAUAGUACUAGUAUACCCAAUAACAGAUAACAGAACCUUAUGGCAAUAGAACAUUCCUAGUACCUACAGUGCAGACUUUAACAGAUGUUUGUAAUAAAGAUCAAAUACCACUGAAAUAAUAAACAAAAAACAACAUCUUCCGGUGUCCGGGACAUUUACAAAUGUUAAAAAGAUGAUCUAAUUUGAUUCUAAUUUAAAGGCAAAUGCCGUCAUUAAAAGUGCAUACACGAGUAAAUUGUUGGCCUUUUUAUACACAUACCAAAUAAAAUCUGAAAAA